AUGGCCAGCGACCGUGUAGAAGUGGCCGUGGAUGAGAAUCUUCUUGCGGAACUUCCUAAGGACGGCAAGGUGAUCGAGGCAACAUCUCUGGGACUGAGCGACUGGUGCGAUACCACACAGUACAACAAAGCAAGAGGCGAGGGGGGCUUAGAACAGAUUCGAGCACACUGGCACUCCGAAAGCAGCGUAUACAAGUUCAUCCCCGAGUACAUCCCUCGACCAGUCGCGUUCAGGGAGUAUGCAUCUCAGCCGAACACUUAUUUCCUCCUUCUGGAGUUUGAGGACAUGAUUGACGAUGACAUCCCACCUCCAGAGACAUAUAUGGCGGUCCCAAGUGCGCUUCAUCUCCGCAGUGCAGGGAAAUCUCCCACAGGGAAGUUUGGAUUCCCAGUGAAUACUCGUUUUGGUAACCUGACACAACCCAAUGGCUGGGAAUCUUCCUGGGAAGUAUGGUGGACGACUCAUAUGAAGUUCCUGUUGCAAAGGGAAAGAGUCAUUCGCGGCGCCUACGCCGCCGAAGAUGAGACAACAUUGAAUUUCUUUCUGGACACAGUGCUUCCUCGUUACUUGCGUCCCUUGGAGACAGAAGGCCGCUCUAUCAAACCAACACUCUGCCACACAGAUCUCUGGCCUGGAAACGUCAAGUACAAGCUGGACAACGAAACCAUCAUUGUAUACGACGCAAACGCCCUAUGGGCCCAUAACGAAAUUGAGUUGGCCCCAUUCCGCAACCCAAGAUAUCCACUUGGGAAGGCAUACUUUCAAGAGUACUGGAAGCAUGUACCAAUUUCCGAACCUGAAGAAGAUGCCGAAAGCCGCAUAAUCAUCUACCUCAUCCGCCAUCAGGUCUGCCUCGCCAGCCUAUACCCCACUGAGCUGAAGUUGAGAGAUGCAUUCCUCAGCAAUAUGCGUCUUCUAGGUGAUAGGGUUAAAGACGAGAGUCAAGAAAGAAAGGAUGUUGAGAGAGCUCAGGUUUCCUUUGAGUCCCAGAUCGCUGCACCAGUUCCAGUUGGUUUGGUGUAG